GGCACUCUUUGUUACCUUACACCCGACCGCACACUACUAUUCGUUGCCAGCAUCUCUUCCCUUCUUCUGGCAAUCGAACGGACCAAAUCUUUUAUCCAUAAAAAACGGCGCACUUUAGCACUAACCACCGCUGCUAAACAGCCGUUACAAUUUCCCGAGUACGACUUCUCUCCGAAAAGGACCAGAAAACCGUACUUAGGUUUUCACUCUUGUGUUGUCAUGCUAACGUGCACCUUCCGGCGGUGGUGGGGUGACAGAGCUUCUUUUAAGAAAAAAAUCUCGUCCGUCAGGUGCCAGAACUUUACUCUGUCCCGGUUUACUUGAGUAACGUAGAUUGCUUGUAGAUAAGCCGCGCCGCAGUUGCGAAUCAGAACAGUACACUAUAUGAUAAUUAGAAAACUAUGCUCGAUAUUUUCGGGUUACUUUUAGGAUAUUUGAUUGGAAUUACUCCGUGAUCUGUGAAUAGAAUUCUCAAACAUUGGCUUAUUUGGUCCUGGUAGUCAAUAAACAACUUUUCUGUACGUAGCUUCUUUAAAACUGGAUUUUUAUGGUUUCGAGUUGAACCCCAACUUCUAAACCUCUAGAACAUAAAAUUUGUAUAUAUGUAAAACAAAGAGUGGCGUUGAUGGAAAACAAAGAGACUAUGAAGACUGGGGAUGGAUUCAUUGACAGGAGUAAAGUUAGAAUUUUGCUGUGUGAUAAUGAUUCGAAGAGCUCUGGGGAGGUUUUCACGCUUUUGUGCAAAUGUUCAUAUCAAGUGACUUGUGUUAGAUCGCCCAGACAGGUCAUUGAUGCAUUAAAUGCAGCAGCACCUGAUAUUGAUAUUAUUCUGUGUGAAGUUGACCUUCCCAUGUCCAAAGGUAUGAAGUUGAUGAAAUACAUUAUGAGGGAUAAAGAAUUAAGGCGAAUUCCAGUCAUUAUGAUGUCAUCUCAAGAUGAGGUAUCUGUUGUUGUGAAAUGCUUAAGAUUGGGGGCUGCUGAUUACCUUGUGAAGCCUCUCCGCACUAAUGAACUAUUGAACUUGUGGACUCAUAUGUGGAGAAGGAGGCGAAUGCUUGGACUAGUGGAGAAGAACAUGAUAAAUUAUGACUUUGAUUUGGUAAUAUCAGACCCAAGUGAUGCUAGUACAAACAGCACUGCACUCUUCUCAGAUGACACGGAUGAAAAGUCAUGUAAAAGCAAUAAUCCGGUAACUAGUCAAUACUCACAACAGGAAGAUGAGGCCAAUGCCACAACAAGUGCUGCAUACCGGGAGACUGCAGUUUUGGGUUCAUUUGAGUGUCUACCAGUAAGUAGCCAUCAGAAGACAGAGUACCUAUCAAUGGUAUCAGAGCAUCAACUAUCGCUGGAGACUGUUAAGCGUGCGCAGAUGAACUUGGCAAGGGAAAAAGUUGCGACGAACUUGGCGAUGGAAAAAGUUGCGAUAAGAGAAGAAAUGGAGCGUAGCAGGGUAGCAAAUGAGGAAGCGUUGCUACAGAUGAAAACAAUGGCGGAAAACCUCAACAGAAAGCUAGCUGCGAUGGAAGAACAAUUCCAGACUAGACGACGAUCGCAGUUGCCUAGAACGUCCCUCACUUCGCAGAAGUCUUCGCCAACAACAUCCUUCAGUUCGCAUAUGCGAACUAUUUCUCCCAGAUUGUCGCAAACUGCGCAGGUUUCAUCUAAAUCGCGAGAAACUCCUUUUUCCAGUUCUCAGGUGUCUUCUCUCAGUCCGCAUAUUAUGUCGCAAGUAGAUGGUCCUGGUUCACAGUCGCACAGUCCAGUACAUUCCAGAGGUAAUUCCGUUCAUUCUAAUGUCAACUAUCAUCGUCAUACUGAUGAACAUACUAGAUUACCUGAAUGCACCGGCAGAAAAAUAGAUUUACCAUUGUUUAACGGCGAGGGAGCAUAUAACUGGAUUAUACAAAUGGAGAAGUAUUUUCGGUUAAAUGACAUUGAAGAAGAAGAGAAGGUUGAAGCUUCUAGGGUUGCUAUGGAAGAUAGGGUUUUGAACUGGUUUCAUUCGUGGGAGUACCGGACUGAAGAAACUAACUGGGACACUCUGAAGAAAUCUAUCAUUCGUAGAUUUCAACCUGAGUUGAUUUCUUCAUCCGCCAGCAGUUCACGACCAAGUAAAACUCUAUCGAGAGAGGCUUCCCGUUCGCAGAUGUCAUCCCAAACCGCUUCAGCGCCUUCGCGAACAGUUUUGCUUAAUUCGCAGGCCUCAUCUCUUGCGCAGUCGCGAACAGUGUCUACCAGUUCGCAGGUCCCAGUUCACAGAGCUCAGUGCGCGACUCAUCUCAGUUCGCGGGACUCACCGCAGGUUUCUUUGCAUAUUUCUGCUUUGCACAGUCCGCAAGUGGAGUCAGUUUCAUUCCCGCAGCAGUCGGUGAGUCAGCUACAACCUAACUCUGAAGAUACACUCAUCAUUAGUGAUGAGGAACGAGGGGAGAAAACUUCUGUGGUGAUUCAGUCCAUUGCCAUGGAAACUGAGAAAAUAGAAGAGGAUAAAUCAAAGUCUGAGAAAAAGGACAAAAUUGAAAUACAAAACCAAAUUAGAUCCUCUGCGGGGUUUGUUAGUUUGAGCUAUGAUCAAGGUUAUUAUUCUGAGCAUCUGAAAGUUGCUGACAAGGUUGUUGUUGAAAAGCGACUGCACCGUUCUCCUGUCACCAAAGAAGAAUGUGAGGCCCAUGGGUGUCCUGGGGUGGAUUAUAAACACUUAUUUGGUGGGGUGGUGAUGUACUGGAAUCCUUCUGAAAUGUCUGGGACCAGUUUUUUGUGCCCUCCUUCACUUCGUUCAGAUGAUAGUUCUUGGGCAUGGCGAGUGGCAGAUAUGAACAAGGUUGUGGAUGACAGGGUUGACCUUGUUUCCUCUCACAAUAUUUCUUUUUGCUCUUCCUUUGAUCUUUUUGGCUCAGAAAUUAGUGAAUAUGUUAUAUCUGGAAGUAAAGCUCAUACUGGCAAGGUUGCACAGACAACUUGUGUGCAGGAGCAUCCAGAUAUUUCAUUUCUGAUACAACCAUUUGAAAUGCUGAACAGUCCUUCAGAAAAAGAAUCUCUUAGUUGGAUCCACAUCAAUCCUCAUGAAGAAGUCAACGCAUUCUAUAAACAGUUUGCUGUCUCUGGUUUCUCAUCUGAGUUGAAGGUCACGUGCCCCAAAUUGUCACUUAUGUUGGCUAUAUCUGCGGUAAAGAACUUGGAGAGCAGUAGUACUAGUGCAGCAACAACAGCUCUAGAUUCUUCUACUAAAUCUUUGGGUGUUCAUCAAAGCACUGUGAAACCGGAAGGAGGAACUUCAUAUGUAAGUGGGGAACAACUUGCUUUGUGCCUAACCAGAGAUGGGCACAUGAUUUUAAAGAAUAUCAGCACUGGCAGUUUGAUCAAUUCGCAGCCAGCGCAUCCAGAGAAGGAUAUUGAAAGGAAAGAUCAAACAACACAAUCUGGUCAUGAGGAACAAAACAAUUACAACAAUCAGUGUGUUCCCCAGGCAAUGAAGCUCAUGGCCCCGAAAUUUGGGAGGUACUGGGAAGGGAGAGGCGCGAGGAUGAAAAUCAAGUUCAAGAUCAAGGCUCUUUCCCAUCACCCACCUUGAGGACAAGGUGGAUUUUUAAGGGGGGAGUAUUGAUAGGAAUGCAGACAAUAAUACUAGUUAGAAUAAUAGAAUAGUAUUAAAGAGUGUAAUAGGGUAUAAGUGAAGAUUUUGGGCCAUUUAGUAAAUCAGGAAUAAUGGGCCUAUUAUUGUAGAUAAUAAUAAGUGGGCUUGUACUAUAAAUAGAAAGGGGAGGGUAGGCAAAUAGGAGGCAAGUAUUCUGUUGAGAAUAAGCUGGGAGAGUUGAGGCCUCUCGAAGUGCCCUGUCUGUAUCGUCUUCCUCUUUUCUGCAAUUCAGUCCAAUAAUAGUGACUAUUUUACUGUUACGAGAUCAGAGUACCUAUCAC